CGCUUGGUCUCAAGACUCUCAACACACUCACUGUCACUCUCAUUCAUUCACUCUCUCUCUCUCUCUCUCUCUCUCUCUACUCAUGGUCUCUGCCUUUUUUCUCUCCAGCAAAGGCGAGCUGAUGAGCGAAACUGCUGCACUGUCAGUGCCCCUGUAGAGAGAGAGAGAGAGAGAGCACGUACAGCAGAGGAAAGGGUGGUCAUCAGAUCUUUUCCUUCAAUGGCGAGAAUCCAGGGACACCAUCCUCGCUCUUGAACUCUCCUGAAGAGUUUCUUCAUCCUGAGUCAACCAUCCAGCUGAUCCCUUCUCAAUCUCUCCUACAUAUCUCGAGACAAGCGAGAGAGAGAGAGAGAAAGAGAAAGACACGAGGAAGAAAAAAAAGAUGGCAGAGAGCGGAGAUGGAAAAGCAUUGCCCGAUGCAGAGAAGAAGAAGGAGCAGAGCUUGCCCUUUUACCAGCUCUUCUCGUUCGCCGACAAGUACGAUUGGCUGCUCAUGAUCUCUGGCAGCGUAGGAGCUAUUAUCCACGGAUCUUCAAUGCCCGUCUUCUUCCUCUUGUUCGGCGAAAUGGUUAACGGGUUCGGCAAGAACCAGUCCGAUUUGAAGAAGAUGACCCAAGAAGUGUCAAAGUAUGCACUCUACUUCGUGUAUCUUGGGCUGGUCGUUUGCUUUUCUUCCUAUGCAGAGAUCGCUUGUUGGAUGUAUACCGGAGAAAGGCAAGCGAGCACGUUGAGGAAGAAGUACUUGGAGGCCGUGUUGAGGCAAGACGUGGGGUUCUUCGACACCGAUGCUCGAACCGGAGAUAUCGUCUUCAGCGUCUCGACGGACACUCUGCUUGUCCAAGACGCCAUUAGCGAGAAGGUUGGCAACUUCAUACACUAUCUGUCGACGUUUCUGGCUGGGCUGGUGGUCGGUUUCGUGGCCGCAUGGAGGCUUGCGCUGCUGAGUGUGGCUGUGAUUCCUGGAAUCGCUUUCGCUGGGGGCUUGUAUGCUUAUACGCUCACCGGCCUCACGUCUAAGAGUCGCGAAUCUUAUGCGAAUGCCGGCAUAAUUGCCGAGCAGGCGAUUGCACAAGUCCGGACCGUCUACUCUUAUGUUGGCGAGAGCAAGGCCCUGAAUUCCUACUCAGACGCAAUACAAAACACGCUGAAGCUUGGGUACAAGGCUGGUAUGGCCAAGGGCUUGGGGCUGGGAUGUACAUACGGCAUUGCGUGCAUGUCAUGGGCGCUCGUCUUCUGGUAUGCCGGUGUCUUCAUCAGGAACGGACAGACAGAUGGAGGGAAGGCAUUCACGGCUAUUUUCUCCGCCAUUGUUGGUGGCAUGAGUUUGGGCCAAUCAUUUUCGAACCUCGGAGCGUUCAGCAAAGGCAAAGCAGCGGGAUACAAGCUGAUGGAAGUGAUCAAGCAAAAACCCUCCAUAGCUCAUGAUCCUUCCAAUGGGAAAUGCUUGCCCGAGAUCAAUGGGAACAUCGAGUUCAAGGAUGUGACGUUCAGCUACCCGUCGAGGCCGGACGUAAUCAUCUUCCGCAAUUUCUCCAUUUCCUUCCCGGCGGGAAAAACCAUCGCCGUUGUUGGUGGGAGUGGCUCUGGGAAGAGCACCGUUGUGUCCUUGAUCGAGAGAUUCUACGAUCCUAAUCAAGGGCAAGUUUUGCUGGACAGUGUCGACCUGAAGGCGCUGCAGCUGAAAUGGCUACGUGAUCAGAUUGGCCUUGUCAAUCAAGAGCCCGCUCUCUUUGCCACCACUAUACUCGAAAACAUACUUUACGGUAAGCCGGAUGCCACGACAGCCGAAGUGGAAGCAGCCGCUUCUGCAGCGAAUGCUCAUAGCUUCAUUACCUUGCUUCCUAAAGGUUACAGUACUCAGGUAGGGGAGCGAGGAGUCCAGCUAUCGGGAGGUCAGAAACAAAGAAUCGCGAUUGUGCGGGCUAUGUUGAAAAACCCCAAAGUCCUCCUACUCGAUGAGGCCACCAGCGCACUUGAUGCCGGCUCAGAGAGCAUAGUCCAGGAGGCACUUGACCGCCUCAUGGUAGGCCGGACCACCGUGGUCGUCGCGCACCGUCUCUCCACCAUCAGGAACGUCGACGGCAUUGCGGUCAUACAGCAGGGGCAGGUCGUCGAGACCGGGACCCACGAUGAGCUGAUUGCCAAGGCCGGGGCCUAUGCCUCGCUGAUCAGGUUCCAGGAGAUGGUUGGGAAUAGGGACUUCUCGAACCCGUCAACACGCAGGUGUCGGUCAUCGCGGCUAAGCCACUCGCUCUCGACCAAGUCCCUGAGCCUCCGGUCUGGCAGCCUGAGGAACCUGAGCUACUCAUACAGCACUGGUGCCGACGGCCGCAUCGAGAUGGUCUCGAAUGCCGAGACUGAGAGGAGGAACCCCGCGCCUGAUGGCUACUUCUGCAGGCUCCUCAAGCUGAAUGCCCCCGAGUGGCCCUACUCCAUAAUGGGUGCCGCAGGGUCUGUGCUCUCGGGGUUCAUCGGGCCGACCUUUGCGAUUGUUAUGAGCAACAUGAUCGAGGUGUUCUACUACAGAAACCCGGCCUCCAUGGAGAGGAAGACGAAGGAGUAUGUGUUUAUCUACAUAGGGGCUGGCCUCUAUGCUGUCGUUGCGUACCUGAUCCAACAUUACUUCUUCAGCAUCAUGGGAGAGAACCUCACCACCAGAGUGAGGAGGAUGAUGCUUGCAGCAAUUCUGAGGAAUGAAGUCGGAUGGUUCGACGAGGAGGAGCACAACUCGAGCCUGGUGGCGGCUCGUCUGGCGACUGACGCCGCGGACGUGAAGUCGGCGAUCGCCGAGAGGAUAUCGGUGAUAUUGCAGAACAUGACCUCGCUGCUCACUUCCUUCAUCGUGGCUUUCAUUAUCGAGUGGAGGGUGUCUCUCCUGAUCCUGGCCACCUUCCCUCUUCUGGUCCUUGCCAACUUCGCUCAGCAACUCUCUCUCAAAGGCUUUGCUGGAGACACAGCCAAGGCCCAUGCCAAGACUAGCAUGAUUGCGGGAGAGGGAGUGAGCAACAUCAGAACUGUAGCAGCAUUCAAUGCCCAAAAUAAGAUCCUCUCCUUGUUCUGCCACGAGCUCCACCUUCCGCAGAUGAGGAGCCUCGGCCGCAGCCAAACUGCCGGCCUCCUCUUCGGUGUCUCUCAACUUGCUCUAUAUGGCUCUGAGGCCCUGAUUCUGUGGUACGGUGCCCACUUGGUGAGCAGGGGCAUGUCCACCUUCUCCAAGGUGAUCAAAGUUUUCGUUGUCCUUGUGAUCACCGCCAAUUCUGUCGCAGAGACUGUGAGCCUUGCCCCAGAGAUCAUUAGGGGUGGUGAGGCGGUGGGAUCCGUCUUUUCCAUUUUGGACCGUCAGACAAGGAUCGACCCUGACGAUCCCGAGGCCGAGCAGGUUGGCUCGAUACGUGGGGAGAUCGAACUCAGGCAUGUUGACUUUGCUUACCCAUCCCGACCUGAUGUUAUUGUAUUCAAGGACUUCAACCUUAGGAUCCGUGCUGGCCAGAGCCAAGCUCUUGUUGGAGCCAGCGGGUCGGGCAAGAGCUCAGUCAUUGCGCUUAUCGAGCGCUUCUAUGACCCGAUCGCUGGGAAAGUCAUGAUUGAUGGCAAGGAUAUAAGGAGGCUGAACUUGAAGUCUCUUAGGCUCAAGAUUGGACUGGUCCAACAAGAGCCAGCCCUCUUUGCUGCUAGCAUUUUCGAUAACAUUGCAUAUGGGAAAGAGGGCGCAACCGAAGCCGAAGUGAUUGAAGCGGCCCGUGCAGCCAAUGUGCACGGAUUCGUGAGUGCAUUGCCCGAUGGUUAUAAAACCCCCGUAGGGGAGAGAGGGGUCCAGCUCUCCGGAGGGCAAAAGCAAAGGAUCGCGAUAGCCAGGGCUGUCCUCAAGGACCCUGCGAUCCUCCUGCUGGACGAGGCGACGAGUGCGCUCGAUCCCGAAUCAGAGUGCGUGCUGCAGGAAGCGCUCGAGCGGCUGAUGAGGGGCCGCACGACCGUGCUGGUGGCUCACCGGCUCUCGACCAUAAGAGGGGUGGACAGCAUUGGCGUAGUCCAAGAUGGGCGGAUCGUGGAGCAAGGAAGCCACGCCGAGCUUGUGAGCCGACCAGAAGGGGCCUACUCCAGACUGUUGCAGCUGCAGCUUCAUCACAUAUGAAAAAGGGGUUCCCGUUUUUUUCCUAGAAUUGUAGGGAACUUUAUUGCACUUGUGGGAUGGUGACUAAGCUGGGGUCCAAUCAAUCUUGUACUCUCAUUUUCUGAUAAAAGUUGUAGAUAUGGGUAUGUGAAGGUUGAUAUUUUCUGAAACUACAGAUCUACUAUUAUUUUCCUAUCUAUGAUUAAUGAGAUAUAUUUUAUCGAAUUGAAA